AGUGGAGAGGUGGAGACAGGGGUGCGCCCUAUGGCUAAGGACAGCCCUGCUUCUGUGUAAAUAAGCAAUUGUAUAAAUAGCGCUGCUGUGCCAUCAUUUUUAUAACAAAAAAUUGUGGGGAACGGGACAAUGAGGGUGUUUAAGAGCUUGGUUCUUUUAUUUCUAGUACCUGUGGUGAAAGGUUCUAGGGUACAGCUGAAAAAUGGUGGCUAUGAGGAUAUUGUUAUUGCAAUUAACCCUGAGUUACCAGAAGAUCACAAUAUCAUUAGAAACAUACAGGACAUGGUCAAAGAGGCUUCUACUUACUUGUUCAAUGCUACAAAACAGAGAUUUUUUUUCAAGGCUGUAAAAAUUAUAAUUCCUCUGCAUUGGCUGCCAAAACCUGAGUAUUUAAGUGUAAAAACAGAGUCAUAUGAUAAGGCAGAUGUUAUCGUGGCUAAUCCUUUCUUGAAGUAUGGAGAUAAUCCCUACACGCUGCAAUAUGGAGGAUGUGGGGAAAAGGGACGAUACAUUCAUUUCACUCCCAACUUCCUGUUAAAUGACACUUUGUAUAACAUCUAUGGAUCACGAGCUAAAGUUUUUGUCCAUGAAUGGGCCCAUCUUCGUUGGGGAGUAUUUGAUGAAUACAAUAAUGAUGCACCUUUCUAUGUGUCUGUAAACUCUGGAAAAGAAACUGUUGAAGCAACUAGAUGUUCGGCUGAUAUCACUGGUAAAUAUAUAGUCCAAAGCUGCACAGGAAACAGCUGCACGACAAGAGAAUGUGAAUAUGAUCAACAGACAAAGCUGUAUGAAGCUGGAUGUAAAUUUGUACCAGAAAAAACACAAAAUGCCCCAGCAUCUAUAAUGUACAUGCAAAGCCUCCCUUCUGUGGUUGAGUUCUGUGAUCAAAGUACUCAUAAUAAAAAGGCUACAAAUAUGCAGAACAAAAUGUGCAACUACAAAAGCACCUGGGAAGUAAUUAUGAACUCUACGGACUUCAGUAACACCUCUCCAAUAAAUAGCGCAAGUCCUCCGUUUGAGACCUCCUUCUCAUUGCUGCAGACCAAAGACAGAGUAGUCUGUCUAGUACUUGAUGUUUCUGGGAGCAUGGACAGGUAUAACCGCAUUAAUCGUCUGUAUCAAGCUGCGGAGAUAUUCCUGCUACAGAUUAUCGAAAUGGAUUCCUGGGUUGGAAUUGUCACAUUCGAAUCUACAGCACAAAUUACAUGUAAUCUACGACAAAUAGUCACUGAGAAUGUACGCCAUGAUCUUACCAAAUGCCUGCCUACAUCAGCUGGUGGAGGAACUAACAUCUGCGCAGGAGUACGCAAAGGAUUUGAGGUGAUUAAACAAAAAUACUCUAAUCUCGAUGGUUCUGAAAUUGUACUGCUGACAGUUGGAGAGGAUUCAGGUAUGAGCAAUUGCCUUUCGGAGGUAAAAAAUAGUGGAUCGAUCAUUCACACUGUUGCCUGGGGGCCAAAUGCUGCUCCAGAACUAGAACAAUUUUCAGACAUGACAGGAGGCUUAAAGUUUUAUGCCACAGAUACAGUUGAUUCCAAUGGCCUAAUUGAUGCAUUCAGUGGAAUUUCAUCAGGAAGUGGAAGUAUUUCUGAACAGCCUAUUCAGCUUGAAAGUACAGCUCAGAGUGUCGCAGUCAAGCAGUGGAUGAAUGGUACAGUGACUGUAGAUAGCACUGUGGGAAAGGACACCUUCUUUGUAGUUACAUGGGAUCGAAGCACAUCUCCACCUGACAUUUUACUGCGGGACCCCAAAGGAAAAGAAUAUAGAACAUCAAACUUCACAGUUAGUGAUCUAAACCUCCGAACAGCUCAACUGAAUAUAGCAGGCACUGCAGAGGUGGGGGAUUGGUUACAUUGGAUUCAAAAUAACCACACAGAAUCUCAAGUCAUAUCAAUGAUAGUAACAUCUCGAGCAGCAUCUUUGGCUGCGCCUCCAGUGACUGUGAAAGCCCAAAUGAACAAGGAUACAAACAACUUCCCUAAUCCAAUGGUGAUUUAUGCAGAAGUUAGUCAAGGAUUUUUGCCUGUUCUUGGUGCAACCGUGAUGGCCACUGUUGAACCACAGACUGGAUCUGCAGUGGAGCUCAGACUCCUUGAUGAUGGUUCCGGUGCUGAUAUUAUCAGUGAAAUCAAAAUGAAUGCACCAAGACCUGAAACUAGUAAUGAGGAAAUUCAAGCAAACCUAGGAAGUUUCAACAGAGUUGCAACAGGAGGUUCUUUUGUAGUGAAGAAUGUUCCGUCAGGAGGAAUUACUGAUAUGUUCCCACCCUGUAAAAUUACUGACCUUGAGGCUGAGUUUGAAGAAGAUAAAAUUCACUUGUCUUGGACAGCUCCCGGGAAUGACUUUGAUGUGGGACAAGCUGAUAGAUACAUAAUAAAAAUGAGUGAAAGUCUUCUGGACCUAAGGAACACCUUUGAGAAUGCUACUUCAGUGAAUACCUCUAGUCUGGUACCUAAACCUGCCGGCACCAAAGAAUCAUUUCAGUUUAAACCGGAAAAUGUCACAAUAGAAAAUAGCACCAUAAUCUACUUUGCAAUACGUGCCAUUGAUAAUGCCUCCCUGACCUCAGAGGUGUCUAAUGUAGUACAGGCAGCUCAGUUUGUUCCUCCAAAGGAAUCCUUGCCUGAUACGCUUCCUACUGAAGUUAUCACUAACAGUGUUCCUAAAUAGGGAUCCUUGUCUGAUAUGCUUCCUAAUGAUGGUAUAAAUGAUGGUAUCAAUGUUUCAAUAAUGGUAACUGGGUCUGUAAUAGCUGUAUUAAUAGCUGUAAGUAUAACUGUCUGUAUUUUACAUAAGAAAAAUAGAAAGGGAGGCCCUGAGCUCAGAAUGUAAUAAAACGAAUUGUAAGAUGAAAGCUCAAUUUAUAUUUAUCCUAAUUUGUUCUAUUUGUGAUUUUCAAAAUACAUAAGGAAAGACAAAUUUGUAAUAGAUUUGAAAAUUAAGUGCAUUGACUUUAAAAUAGAGGUGAAUUUAUACGUAUUUUGAUCUGCUUUCAAUGAGUGUAUAGUAUGUUACAGUACAUUAUGUAGACUGAACAGUGAAUUUAAAAGUAUAUACUGAGUAAACUAAGACACAUCAGUAUAAUGUGUAGCAUAUAAAUGACAAUCUAAUUGUAUAUUUUAAUUAUAAUCUUGCUAGAGUUCUGCAACAUUAGGUAUUCUAUGCUUUAUUUUUUUAAAAAUAGGAAAAAAAUCUUUCUAAUUUUGUUUUCCAGUUGCUUAGCAGUCAGGGAGGGGAGAUUUAAGAAGAAAUUAGAUCUGUAAUCUUUGGUGUUCAUACAUUACUUUCAGUUAUAUUCAAUGAGUAGGAAACAUAAAUGUAUACAUCUGUUGGUCCUGAGCCUGCAACUGCUUAGGUACAUGCAUAACUCAACUCUCAUCCUAUGACUAAUGCAGGUGUUUAAAUAUUCACAGGAUCAGGGCCAUAUGUUAUCCCAAAAUGAGCAUAUGGAAAACACUUUUUACCUGACAUAAUCAUCAAACACACAUGCAACAUUCCAACUCUAAAUGACAGAACAAAAGCAAAAUAGUAGAAGAGAAAACACUAGGUAGCAGAAAUGCCACUUACCACAGCAUGUGACAGAAGCGAAGGCAUGUAGCACCCUGUGAUGUGAUGCUCCAGAAAUGGCAAAGGAUCACCCAUUCUUUGGAUAAUGAAAACAUCCAUCGUUACAUUAGAUAGGAUCAAAUUAUUUUAUAAGGUAUAUAAACCCUCAUGCCUCAGGUCAUCAGCUAAUCACUAGCAGGGGCUAGGGAGGAACUUUUCCAUGUGCAAAUUAUUCCAUAAUUGUCCAUUAUGAGAUUUCUUGCUGCUUCCACUGACAUAUACUUAGAAAUAUUGGGCCAACAUGGAUAUGCCUACACUCAGAUUGUUUACAAUUUUAAUUAACUGACAGUUAGCUCAAGGUAGUUACCACAUUUGGACUAUGCCUGGACCAAACACUGGGGAAUGUCCAUGUUAGCUUUUACAAACAUAUUAAGUGAAAAUCACUAGUGAAGACAAGCCCUUUCGGAGAAGUGUAUCUGGGCUCAUAUGGACCAUCGAUCUGAUUGGGUAGUGCAAUUCCUAUGUUUCUCAGAUGGUUUUUUUUAUGGCAUGAAGUGAAAGUAAGAAAUUGAAUUGAACUCAUAGUUGCUCUUCCAAAUGUAAAGGCAAUAUAACUCCCCGUUUUUGUUUUGUCUGGUGCAUGUUGGUUUUCUUCACUUCUCUUGGGGAUAGGUGAAUGGGACAGAAGAGAGUGAUUAGUAGAAUAGCUGUGUAAUAAACAGAAGGCUUGGAUGCUUGAUGCAUAUGUGUUAUUCAUAAAGACCAGUAAAACAAAACAGACCAUGGGAACUGGGGAUUGUGUUUUACUUUUUAUUUUUUAAUUAAUCUCUAGUCCUGGUGAGAAAUAUUCUGAAUAGGGGAUUUCUCACAUUAUGAUCUGCCCAAUCAUAUAUAUCUGAGCUGUUUCCUGAUAGAAAAAUUAAGCUGGGAGUCUAGGAGCAUUUGACUUAGUGAUGACAUUUGAUUACCAUCUGGAGAUCUGUGUUUGGGGCUGGUCCUUCAUUCCUGACAUGGCAAAAGCUAAGAGCACUGUAAAGAGAAAAUG